AUGAUUCUGUCCAAGUGGCUGGCCACUCUCCUGGGCGGCACCCUGGCCGUCCAGGGCGCCCUCGCCAUCGACGUGAAUGUCGAUGACGAGAGCUCCCUCAAAAGCGCCGCCAAAAAAGUCGCUACCCGAAUGAUGCAAUACUACGACGAUCGCGAGUCUAAGAACAUUCCUGGUAAACUCGAUGGCACCUGGUGGGAAGGCGGUUCCAUGUUCAUGACCCUCAUUCUGUACUGGUUUGUGACCGGCGACUCUCAGUUCAAUGCGGCUAUUCAGGAGGGAAUGUACUUUCAAAAAGGCGACGACAAUUUCUUCCCUUCCAAUUACAGUCAGUAUCUCGGUAACGACGACCAAGUCUUCUGGGGACUGGCCGCCAUUACCGCCGCUGAAUUCAACUACCCGGAACGAGACGGCGAACCAUCAUGGGUUUCCCUGGCGCAGGGUGUUUUCAAUACUCAAAUCCCCCGCUGGGAUACGAGCAGUUGUCACGGUGGUAUGCGCUGGCAAAUUUGGCCAUACCAGGACGGUUACCUGACAAAGAACGCUAUCUCGAACGGAGGAUUGUUCCAACUGUCGGCCCGCCUCGCUCUCUACACCGGAAAUAAGACCUAUGCCGACUGGGCCGAGCGCAUCUGGGAUUGGAGUGCUACCACCCCGUUGCUCAAUACAAAGAGAUGGAACAUCGCCGAUACCACCACCGUUGGCACACAGUGUACGGAUCAUGGCGACUUCCAAUGGACUUACAACUACGCCACUUACAUUAGUGGUGCUGCCUACAUGCACAACUACACUAAUGGUACCGAAACGAAAUGGAAAGAGGGUGUCCUCGGUCUCGUCAAGACCUCUCAACAGUUUUACCCUACGAAAGGAUUUAACGACGCUAACGGUCAAAUUCUAUCGGACACUACCUGCGAACCCCUUGGCAACUGCGAUCGCAACCAGAUCACCUUCAAGGCCUAUUUCACCAACUGGCUUGGAAUGUUGACAACCAUUGUUCCCGGUACUUACGAUCUGAUCUUCCCCCAGUUGAGGACCUCCGCCCAGGCCGCUGCCAAGCAGUGCUCGGGUGGUGAUGACGGUGAACACUGUGGCAUUCGCUGGUACAAGCAAGCCGAAUGGGACAAAACCAAGGGUCUUGAACAACAGAUGGCUGUGUUGGGUGUCCUGUCUGCCAAUUUGAUUCCUUUCAAGAACAAGGCACCUUUGACUUUGGCCUCGGGUGGUACUUCCAAGAGUAACCCGAAUGCCGGCACGAAUUCCUCGGACAACGAUAUUCCCGUGUUAAAUAACAUUGGGACCGGGGACCGGGCAGGUGCGGGCAUCUUGACCGUCAUUUUUGUGACUGGAUGGGCCGUUGCUGUUACUUGGAUGAUCCGGGGUGGUUAA